GAAGAAAAUACUUAAAAGAUAAGUUUUUCUCAAACGCGUGUCCCGUAGCAACGAGAGAGGUCUCUAAUAAUAAAGAUAAUUUUGGUACAUCAUAAUGUCACGUGAGCAGCAGACGACAUUUCGAUGUAAACACAAUCUGACAUGGAGAAAAAAGGGAAAAGAAAGCCGAACUGGUCAAACGACGAGUGUUUGAGCCUCGCCAAUUACAUGGCACAAUACAAGGACAUACUGAGGGGCAAGCUGGGUCCAGGAUUGACCUCAGAAAAGAAAAAAACUACAUGGAAGUGGGUGACGGACAGGUUGAAUGCCUCGUUCACAGCCGUCAAGCGGUCACAAGAAGAAGUGGAGAAAAAGUGGCACAAUAUUUUCUCCCAAACCAAAUCGGAAAUCUCGGCCUACAAGAAAGCGCGGUGUGCGACGGAUUGUCCCGAUGGUUAUUUCGGAUCAGACUGCCGAGGAGUGUGUCACUGUAAUGAGACUGUGCUUCUGUGUGACCCCAGUAGUGACCUCUGUCCCCCAGACUGUAAUCCCCGGACAGAGCGCUGCCUCUGGGUAUGUGACCCGCGAACUGGACGCUGCCCAUCGGGGUGUGCAGAGGGAUGGACUGGAGAAUUUUGUCAAACGCCAUUGUCCGAGAGGACCACGUCCUUCCCCGUCUCUGUCGUAGGACUCGCCAUCGGGGUGGGAAUAUUGGCUCUCGUUUUCAGUCUGGGGGCCACAUGUUAUUGUUUGUCUCGACCCACAUGGCGGCACGAGGACAACCCUCGAUCGAGGGCGCGACAAGAGCGACUGAACAGGCUUAACGAGAUUCUACAUCAUUACCACAUACCAACGUUCCCCAGACGACACAGCGAGGCAUGCAUUCCCGGUCGACCACGCCCUUAUCACCAGAAAAUACGUGCAACCAACUCUCUGCCAUUCCUGCCGAGUUACCAGGAGGCGACCAACACCAGAACAGCCGUGAUGUCACCCAUCUCCGCGAUAUCAACGAUACCUGUGACGUCACCCACACUGGUGACGUCAGCGGAUCCGCCCUAUGUGAUGGCGACAGAUCCAGAAACAAGCGGAAUCCCGGCUCGUCCAGAGAGUCCGCCACCUCCGUACGCGGAAUCCAUAACCCAACCCGUGUUCCCAGAUCUAACACUUGCCAAUGAACAAAGUUCCAGAAGAUCCUGGGCGAUUGAGGACGGCCCGAUGGUCGGGGUUUGGACGCUGACAUAAUCUAUAAAUAAUGUUUAGAUGGGGUGGUACACCAUAACUAAAAGUUGAACAGAAGAAGGUUAACCUGUUCAUACCCAAACUCCACCACCUAAAAGCUUGCUUCUCUUGUGGAGAUUUGAGGUCACUCUGUCCCAAGACACUCGCGUCUCCCGCGGAAAAAGCUGUCGAGGAGGAUCACAUUCCCGACAAUGGACGGGCAGAAAUGACCUUCGUUUAGGGCAGGGUCAAAUACAACAAAUAAAUCGCUCUUGUAUUGAACCAUGUUCUAAUGGCUGAUUUUUAAAUCCAAAAACAGAAUGGUGAAAGGCCAAUAGUACCAAAACGGUCUUUAACCGCCAAAAUGGUCAACAUAUACCUCGGUAAUACACUGAGUACGGCCAAGACAUCUGGUAUGAUGCAGACACGUGAGAUGAUAGAGACAUUUGAUGUAUUCGAGACAUUUAAGGGGAACUGGACACUUCGUGUGAUGAAGACGUUUUUUUUGUACAGGAGACAAACUAUGUGGUGUGAUUAUGACCAGAGUUGAGAUUCCUCAGCUUGAAUUGCACAGUUACUCUCCAUUGGGGGUGUUUGAGACAUUUAGUAUGUUUGAAACAUCUGGCGCGUGUGUUUGAGACAUUUAGUAUGCUUGAAACAUCUGGCACGUGUUUGAGGCAUUUAGUAUGCCUGAAACAUCUGGCGCGUGUGUUUGAGACAUUUAGUAUACUUGAAACAUCUGGCGCGUGUUUGAGACAUUUAGUAUGUUUGAAACAUAUGGCGCGUGUGUUUGAGACAUUUAGUAUGCUUGAAAUAUCUGGCGCGUGUGUUUGAGAGAUUUAGUGUGUUUGAGACAUUUAGUAUGCUUGAAAUAUCUGGCGCGUGUGUUUGAGACAUUUAGUAUGCUUGAAACAUCUGGCGCGUGUGUUUGAGACAUUUAGUAUGCUUGAAACAUCCGGCGCGUGUGCUUGAGACAUUUAGUAUAUUUGAAACAUCCGGUGCGUGUGAAACAUUUGGUGUGCAUAAGAUGUUUGGCGUGCUUGAAACGUUUGACGUCAUUUGGUGUGCUUCAGUCAUUCGGCAUGUGUGACGUAUUUAAAAUGCUGUAAUAGACACUUGUACUUGAGACAGCUGGUGUGGUUAAGAUGCUUGGCAUGUUCGAGACAUUUUGUGUGUGUGAGAUAUGUAACGUGUUAUAUACAUAUAUACAUGUAUAUUUCAAGUGCACAGCGUGGUGCCAUCAUUUGAAGCCAGGAAGAUAAGAAUUUUCGAACUGUGUCAUACAUUGUGAUCAUGUUAUUUUGAUAUUCAAACAUUUUUUUAUGUCAAUACAU